AUGUUGCUCAAGUCGUUUGUUACGCUUUCCGUGCUCUUCAGCUAUGUCCUAGGUGCCCCCGAGGUGAAGAUUGGCGACACAACCGUCGUCGGUCGUGACCUGACAGAGUCCAAAGUUGAAUUCUUCGGAGGCAUCCCAUUUGCUAAGCCCCCUGUUGGAAAACUCAGGUUUAGAUCUCCGGUUUUGAAGACGAGACUCGAUACGGACACCUUUAAUGCGACAGAGUACGGCAAGUCCUGUCUGCAGCCGCCGAUGUUUGGUCCUGCGACGGGCAUAUCUGAGGACUGUUUGACCAUCAACAUAUACCGCCCUGCUGGCACACAGCCAGAAGAAAAGCUUCCAAUUCUUCUAUGGGUCUACGGAGGGGCGUUCAUCAUUGGAGGGGCGAAUACAUACGACGGUAGUGGAUUGGUAUCGCGCGGGGUUGCAAGGGGUACACCGAUUAUCUACGCCAAUUUCAACUAUCGCCUUGGACCAUUCGGCUACCCGCAAGGUCAAGAAGCGCAUGGUGAAAGAGAACUCAACCUUGGGCUGAAGGAUGUUAUUGCAGCCUUGGAGUGGCUUCACGCAAAUGCAGACGCCUUUGGUGGCGAUGCGAGUAAGAUAACUAUUUUUGGAGAAAGCGCUGGCGCUAUGAACAUAGGAACCCUCCUUUUAAACCAGGACUUUGAGAAACUCGUUCGAGGCGCGAUCCUUGAAUCCGGUUCCGCCAGCAGCGUUUCCGCUGUUCCAGCUGCAGAGCGGGACUCUGUUUGGGAAUCAUUUGUUGGCAGUGUUCCCUCCUGCGUGAGUGUGGCGACGAGUGGGAAGACAUUCCCAUGCCUGCAGGACGCUACCGAAGAUGAGAUCUUGACAAGCUACCUCGAGUUCGUUGGUACCAAUUUCAUGGCUGGCCUGUCCUGGGUCCCAACGCUCGAUUUGGGUCCUGGUAGCCUCUUCCCUGGCGUGCCCUCUGAGCUCUACAGAGAAGGCAAAUUUGCGCGAAUUCCGUUCAUCGCCGGGACCAAUCUCGACGAGGGAACGCUCUUCGCAAUUGGAUUCCGUAGCCCUAACGCCACUGAAGCCGAACUUCGAGCGAGCACAUUGGCCACGGUCUCCCCCUCUGUUGACCCAGGACGUGCCGCCAGGAUUGUCGAUCGUAUCCUGGAGUUAUACCCUGAUGUGCCAGCCCUUGGGUCUCCUUAUGGUACCGGCGACGAAUUGUUUGGAUUCCCUUCAAUCUAUAAACGUGCCUCUGCCUUGCAGGGUGACCUGGUCUUCGACGCUCCUCGACGACAGUGGUCCGAAGCUGCAGCGGAACACGGACUGAAGGCAUAUGGUUACCUAUUCACACAACCUCAGCCAGGAGACCCGGCGGCUGGUGUCCCUCAUGCAGCGGAAAUUUCUUGGGUCUACGGGACACCCCCAGACCCGUCUCCUUCGGCUCAGAAGUUUAGUGAGGUCAUGAUGGACUAUUGGAUUUCUUUCACUGUCAACUUGGAUCCCAAUGACGAUAAUGGCUCUGAGCGUCCUAUUUGGCCUCAGUAUACCGACCAGGAUCCGAUUCUGCUUCAACUUGAAGGUGGAAACACGACGGCCAUCCUCGAUGAUUACAGAAAGGAACCGAUUGGGUUUAUUAAUGCGAACGCACCUGUGUUCAGGAAAUGA